AUGUUAUCUUUGCAGAAAGCAAACAAAGGGGAUAGUGGAUUGAGCGACUAUCGAACUAGCAGCACUACUUGGAUUGACCCCUCCAAAGACUUGAGUGCUGCUGGUAAGGUGUGCAUGAAGAUCCGAGGAUGUGCGAAGCUCAUAACGGGAAUCGUAGAUUUUGAACGGCUUGCCACGUCAGAGCUCCAGCUGGUGAAAUACGACGUGGGCCAGGAGUACAAAGCUCAUUAUGACGGCCGCAUGCUGCCAGAUGGCACGCUUGAAGCUCGUGGGACAUUCCUUGUGUACCUGAAUGAUGGCUUCGAGGGUGGGGAGACGUACUUUCCAAACGUAGGCAUCAAGGUGAAGCCAGAGAGAGGGAAAGCUAUUCUCUG